ACGACCUUCACCUACAAGGUCCGCGCUGAUUUCAACUGCAUAAUGCAAAAAGAGUCGUUUCAGUUUUUAAUUUUGCAUAAAUUGUGAAGCGAUGGCCAAAAUGUACAUCGAUUGAUAGCGUAUCAUUUAUUGUACGAUAUGCGGUUGCUAAAGCCAGCGUGGGUUAACCACAAAGAAGGUCGGCCAAUAUUUUCCAUUGACAUACAUCCAGAUGGAUCAAGGUUUGCUACAGGAGGGCAAGGAGAUGAUACUGGAAAGAUCAUUAUCUGGAACAUGGCACCAGUCCGUGAUGAGCUGGCAGACAAGAAUGAAAACGUUCCAAAAAUACUCUGUGAAAUGGACAAUCAUCUUGCAUGUGUGAAUAGUGUGAGAUGGUCAAACAGUGGACGAUUCCUGGCCUCAGGUGGCGAUGACAAACUUGUGAUGAUUUGGCAUAUUACUAAAUAUGGAGUGGGUGGUACAGUGUUUGGAUCAGACUCAAAGAUCGUAGAGUCCUGGAGGCCAGCUCACACCUUGAGAGGACAUGCUGGAGAUGUGCUAGGAUUGGCAUGGUCACCCGGAGACGUGUGGUUAGCAACGUGUAGCAUAGACAACACUAUUAUUGUUUGGAAUGCGGAAAAAUUCCCAGAGCAAGUAUCAGUAUUGAAGGGACAUACAGGGUUAGUAAAGGGAGUGACCUGGGACCCUGUAGGCAAGUACCUGGCAUCGCAAUCGGAUGAUAAAUCACUGAGGAUAUGGAGGACUCGGGACUGGCAGCAAGAAUCCAUCGUCACCGAACCAUUUAAAGAGUGCGGAGGUACGACUCACGUUCUACGCUGCGAUUGGUCACCAGACGGGCAUUAUGUGGUAUCAGCUCAUGCAAUGAACAACUCUGGACCAACAGCUCAGAUUGUAGAGAGGGACGGCUGGAAAACAUCUCUAGACUUUGUCGGACAUAGGAAAGCCAUCACAGUUGUUAGAUUCAAUCCAGGAAUUUUGUUCAAGAAAUUUAAGAAAGAUGCUCAAAAACCUCAACAGUAUACAUGUUGUGCAAUAGGCAGUAGAGACAGAUCUCUCUCAGUAUGGCUAACUGCAUUGAAACGACCUUUGGUUGUUACCCAUGACCUUUUUACAAACUCAGUUGUAGAUAUAUCUUGGGCAAGUAAUGGUACAGAGCUGAUGUGUUGCUCCUGUGAUGGCACCGUAGCUUACGUCAAGUUCAAACAGGAAGAGAUCGGCACUCCUAUGGGCAAAUCUGAUAUGAAUCGACUUCUAGAAAAGAUAUACGGGAAAACUGUUACUAAAAAUAAUACAAACAGUUCAGCCAAUCAGAUCAUCGAGUCUGCUGAUAUUCUUAUGCUGCAACAACAACAACAAAAAGUAGCGAACAGCUCGCCAGAGGAAAAGUCACGAUUAGCUUCAAAUACAUCAAUAAUGUCAACACCAUCGAAAUCGCAAACAUCAUUUUAUAAAGGAGUUGAUGUCAGUAACUCUCCAUUCAAGCCAACAGAUAAACAAAUAGAAACAAAGACAGCAGAUGGUCGUAGAAGAAUUACACCAAUAUUUUUACCAGUUGAACCAGAUGUAGGUGAGGGACCAGUUCCUUUCACCAAUAACAGUCAGAUUAACUUCGAGACGUGUAAAUCUGGCACUAAAAUACAGGUGGAAAAGCAGGACAAGGUCACACAUAGCGGGCUACUCUCUCCUCCCCCACAACCCCCUGGCAGCUCCCCACUGGGUAAACUAUCAGGACCUGAGACCACACCAAAAUCAUCGUCAUCCAAGUCACCUGUUGGGGAGAAUAAAGUGAUCGACUCUGUUGUACAGCCUCUGGCAGCAUUAGACAACAAGCAGGACCAACCAUCAGGGAGUAAACUGACCGAUACACCAAAAUCUGACAAGCAUCAUUCAAGUCAUUCACACAGCGAGAAAGUUAAGACAUCGCUUUCAUUAAAGAGGAAACAUGACAAAGAUGAAGGGCCAAAGAAGAGGGGUCGCCCUCGUUUGAUUGAUAAAGAAAAGACGAAAUCCACCCCAUCGUCCACACCAGCUAUAUCUACACCACAUCAUCAUAUUGGAGAGAAGGAAACUGUACGGUACAUAUCUUCAACCUCAGAUCUCAAUCUACGUGUGCCCAGUAUAGAGAAACAUCAUACUGUACAGGUUUCGGAUGGAUCAGGCGAUGGAAGUUUUACAUUAGAAAUAAAAAAUAAUAUACAGACUGGUUCAAUAGUAUUACACAAGUUACAAUGUAUACAAGGUGGUGACACAGUCUGGGAACAAGUUCUGUCUUCCCAAAUAUUAGCUGCGGCAGGAUCUAGGAACACAUCGUGCGCAGCUUGUUCAGAUUGCUCGCUGUCGUUGUUUAACAACAUAGGACAGAAAAUACUACCCAGUAUUGUCCUCAACUCAAAGAUCUCAGUCUUACAUGUAAAUGGACACCAUAUAAUGGCAAUUUCUUCAAAGGGCAGCUUAUAUGUGUGGAAUACACAGAAAUUAUCAUGUGUUGUGAAGAAUGAACAGUUAUCCUCUAUAAUGAAAAGUGAUGAGGAAAUAUUGAAAGCAUUUGUAACCAGUGAUGGUCUACCAGUACUGACAAUAUCCACAAAUAAGUCAUACUCCUUUAAUCCUGAACUGGCUUGCUGGUUGAUGGUAAAUGACAGAAAUGAUAAAGUGCACAGGUGUUCUGCUCAUUAUCACAGUAACCCGAGGGUUAGCUCAACAACAUCAGGGACCCUAACGUCUUUACAAAUAUCUCAGGAGAGAGCUCAGGGAACAUCUCGGGGAGUUAUACAGACUGGGCCGGAGAUCAGACAACUGUCUACAUUAAAUCAUCUAGAGAGCCAGCUACAUACAUGCUUGCAGCUCAAAUCUGCAACAGAAUAUAAGUUCUGGCUACAAACCUAUGUUAGGUACUUAGUACAAGAAGGUAUUGAGAUAAGAUUAAGGGAAGUGUGUAGUGAUCUGUUAGGACCGGUUUAUAAAUCAAAGGGAAAGAACUGCUGGCAACAAACUGUAUUGGGAUUUAACAAGAGGGAUUUGUUGAAAGAGUUACUGCCCUUGUUCAGUGAAAACUUAAAGGCAUUACAGAGAUUAUAUACAGAAUUCCAGGAACAGUUAGAUAUAGCGGAGACUGGUUGAACACUCCUUUACUUUAUUCAUGUAAAAUGAAUUCUGACGAAGAAAUUUCCUUUGGAAGUGACUUGAAUCUUCUGAGCAAUGCUGGAAACCAGUAAAGAAACCGAACACUUUCAUUGGUCAAUUUCAAAUGUUAAGCCAGUAUUAAACCAAUCAGAUGUUGGUAUUGAAGACUGGUACCUGGACUGUCGGGGUUUAGUACAGUGUAUUGAGAUAGUAGUGUUAUAGACUUGUUUUCUCCAGUAAAGAUUUCAAUACAUCUGACUGUAUGAAGUUGGAAUAGGAAAACCAUAUUACCAUCGAAAAAAAUGACGAUUCCACUGCUCAAUAAUCAGAUUUUUACAUGAGAUUAUUGUUAUAAGACAUUUUAAGGAAACGUUUUUUUCCAAAUUUAGUAUUUUGUUUGAGACAUUUUUAUUCAUCAAUCAUGUUAAGUCAUGUAUUUAGAAUAUCAUUCAGGGAUUUUUACUAAUCAUGAUAAUAUGUAUAAUUUAAUCGCUGAAACAAAGCUGCUGUAUUAAGCAGUCUUAAUUUUUCCUUUGGAGCUUAAAGUCACUGGUUUGGUCCUUCCUUUUAUCUGUUUUUCCUUCAUCACACUUGCUUAGAUCCUUCAUUCAAGACUGAUAUUUUACAUGUUUGGGGUGUUGGUAUCUUUCGAUGACCUUUACCUUUCGGUUGGAUUUUGAGGUCAUUCGGGUGAAGGUCAAUGUGGCUAAAAAAGAUAAAAUUUCCUACUUUUUCUCAAAGAUAAUUUUUUCACUUUGUCAAAACAACAAAGGGGGAGCAUUUAUUGGUUGAACUGAUAUUCUUGUUAAUGUUAAAGCCAAAUGUUGCAUAGGUUGUUUUGUUUUGUAUUAACACAUAAGGUAUUAUUGUAAAAAAACAAAUUGUUUUUAGAUGGGAAAUGCUUUUGAAUAAUUGUUGUACCCAAGCUUAUGUGUAAUGAAGGAUAACUCCAGGCCGGAAUUUUAUAGUUUUGCACCUGUUAUAAUAUUCAUUUUGUAAAUGUGCUAUAUGCUUUUGUGAUUAUUGACCGUUAUGCAGACAAGCUUUAUUUGUGAUGUUGGUGAUCAUAUUUUUAGAUACAUAGGGUAAUUUAGUAUUGUCAAGUUAUCCAGUUUUUGUAUAUAUAAAUAUACAAAAGUCAGUUUUUUUUUAACAAAAUCUUUGUGUAGGAAAGAAUUAAGUAAGAUCCAUAUGUAAAAGUGUGAAUAGAUAAUAUUGAGUGCUAAUUUGCUGACAUUUUUAUAACUUAGUUUGUCAUUGACUUAAACUGUUCACUUAUUGGGGGAGAGAAGGUGUUAGCGGCCAGAUAGCUCAGUCAGUAGAGCCUCGGCACAGUUUUCCGAGGGUCUUGGAUUUGAGACCUGGUCAGGCUGCUCAUUAUGCUUACUCUGUGACAGAAUUUCAAAUAUUAUGACUAAAAGAUUUGUUGAAUAUUUGGUGCAAAAAAAAUUGAUGUUACAUUUAUUGUAUUACCACAGAUUUAUCAUGUGUAUAAUUUAGAAUAGAAGUUCAGGAGAAUUGUAAAGAUAGUUUAGAAUUAUGUACAGACAGAAGUUGAUGAUUUGCUGUUGUUUUUUUUGUAAUUAUGCUAUUAUAGCUUCCAGUAAGGUGUUGUCUAGAAUUUUUACAUGAGAAUGUUCAGAUAUAUAAAAUGUACUGUAUGACUUCAAAGUCAGAUGCCUCGGACAGUCUGAAUCAUGUAUUUUUACUACAGACAGGCAUUAUGGCCGGUGAAUAUAUCCUUGAAGGCAAGAGAAGACAGUCUUCUUAGUUGCUUGCUUUAUUUCAAAGAUCACCGUAAGCUUUCAAUCACAGAUGUCUUUUGAUUAUACCAUUGGGUCUCAUUUUUGUGGAAAUUUGCCUAGAAUUUUGUCUUUGUGUUUAUGGCUACCUUUUCUGCUGAUUCUCAAAAGAUGCUUUUGAUUUUCAGCCAACUAUGUGCCAUUCAUUCUUUUUGUCAUUCUGUAUUGUGAAUUUGUGAAUAUAAGAAAGGCAGAGUAUGGAAGGUAGAUAACUACUUUGUCUGUUGUAGUGAGGGAUAACAUAGAAAUAGAUAUCUUGAUGUUUCCCAUUACCAGUAUUGUUGGAAAGUUGUCAUUUAUUAGUGACUUUAAAAAGUGUCCAAAACACCCUUGUAUGCCAUUCUGAGGACUUGAUUUUUUAUGAAUUUAAUAAAAAUGCAUGUUACACUUCUGCUUUUUUACUCUAAAAAAAGGUUCUUUGUUACCUCCCUUGAUUAGAUGUUUUAAAGUGCUAGUUAUCUCUCUUGAUAUAUAAUGUUGAAUAGUGCUAUAUAAUGUGAAAUAAAACAUUAUGUUAUCUGAAUUUAUCUUUUAUAUAUCUAACACAAAUCAUUUCUUUUAAGGCUGUUUUGUAAAUUCAAAUUGAAAUACAGGGUAUAUUAUUUGACUUACACAAAUGGUGUUAAUAUACCAACGUCAUCUUCCAUUGUUUAUGCUCACUCUGCCAAAUUGUUGUAACGUGCGUGCUCUGCUUUGAAUUUAGAUCAGUCCCAUUAGUGGAUUUAGGGAGAUGAGUAUCACAAAUAGUAAAACAUAGACGCUAACAGUAUAGAACAUGAUCUGACUGCACCGAUGAACUCGGUACUUGUGUAACUUUCUUUUUGUUGUGUCCAUUGUUCUUUUUUGUCACUCGGACACAAAAAGUUUAAGACCAAAAAUAGCUACACAAGUCAAUACUGAAUGAAUAGGAUCAAAGAAAAUGUACUGUUACCUAAACAUUGUCCCCGUAGUCACACACAAGUAUCCCUGUGUCUGUACGGCAAAUUUGCCUGGUUCUAUACUGAUAGCACAUGGUGGUUAUUAUACUCGUAGUCUCUUGCACAUAAAAACUUUAAAAUUGUAGAUUAGAAUAAUAGUAAAAUGUAUAUUAUAGUAAACAAAGUGCAAUGUUAUGAAUGUGCUUAAUAAAUGUUUAAUCAACAAUUGUUGUUGAAGAUACUGAAGUAAAUAAAUCAGUAUAAAAAAGUA